UCGGGUACCGCCGGCACCGGGAGCGGCCUCGGGGAUCCCCGGCACUGGGAGCGGUCUCGGGUACCGCCGGCACCGGGAGCGGCCUCGGGUACCGCCGGCACCGGGGAUGCCGUUCCGGCGCAGUCCCUGGCGAGCCUGACGCCGCCUGGGGCUCGCAGGAUGGCCGCCGCGGAGCUGCCCGCACUGGCCACGGAAGUGCCCGCGCUGGCCACGGAGCGCAGGUUCGCCCAGCGCCUGAGGGAAUGCCUGGAAGCCGAGCGGCUCCUGGACGGGCGCUACCGGCUGCAGCCGCUGCCCGGCGGCCGCGUGGCCGUGCCCGUGCUGGAGGAGAAGCUGUCCCAGCUCUGCCUGCCCGCGGAGAUGCCCUGUGAGCUGCUCCGGAUCCAGGACGCUGUCCCCUCCAGGGCCGCCCGCCGCCGCCCGCCGGCCCGCAGGCUGCUGCAGGAGCUGCGGCGGCUGCUGCCCGCCGGCUGCCCCCCGGAGCUGGAGCGGGACCUGCCGCACGCCUGGCAGCGCCACGGAGACCUGCUGCUGCUCAGCGAGGAAUGCUUCAGCGGCCCGGCCUGGGAGCGCCUGGGCCCGGAGCUCUGGGAGACGGUGGCCUCGGCUCUGGGGGCCCGGCGGGUGGCCAGGCGAGGACGGGUGAUGCCGGACGGGAUGCGGACCCCCAGCGUCACCCUGCUGCUGGGCCAGCACGGCUGGGUGGAGCACGUGGACAACGGCAUCAGGUACACCUUCGAUGUGACCAAGUGCAUGUUCUCCCCGGGCAACAUCACGGAGAAGCUGCGUGUGGCCUCACUGCCCUGCUCCGGGGAGGUCGUGGUGGAUCUCUAUGCAGGCAUCGGCUAUUUCACGCUGCCCUUCCUGGUGCACGCGGGAGCCGCCUUUGUGCACGCCUGUGAGUGGAACAGCCACGCCGUGGAGGCCCUGCACAGGAGCCUGGUGCUGAACGGGGUGCGGGAGCGCUGCCGCAUCCACCGCGGGGACAGCCGGCAGGUGAGCGCUGCGCCGGGCACGGGAGCCCUUCCCGCGGGCAUCCCCUCACCUCCGCUCUCCUCCCAGCUGCAGCUGCGGGAUGUGGCGGACAGGGUGAGCCUGGGGCUGCUUCCCAGCUCGGAGGAGGGCUGGCCGGUGGCCUGCCGCGUCCUGAAGAAGGACACGGGUGGGGUUCUCCACAUCCACCAGAACGUGGAGGCUCGCCCGGCGCACGGCGCGGUGCUGCUGCCUGAGCGGGGCUCUGCAGAGGCAGCCAGCUCCGCGGGAGAGGCGCCGUGCCCCCCAGAGCACGGGGGGCAGGAGGCGCCGGGGGCCCGGCUCAGACCCGAGUGGCAGAGGUGGGCUGCAGCCACGGCCGCGCGGAUCCAGGGGCUGCUGGCAGAGCUGCAUGGGCGGCCGUGGCGCUGCAGCGUCCUGCACAUCGAGGCAGUGAAGUCCUACGCACCACACGUGCAUCACCUCGUGCUGGACCUCAAGUGCCAGCCUGUGCCUCCCGUUUAGCGGGGCAUGGGCACCGCUGGGGCUCCAGCUCCCUUGGAAGGGUGGUGUCAAAGCACCAGGGGCACGGAGAUGCUGUCCUGCUGCCAGCCUGGAUGUGCCUUGUGUCCGCUAGUUCCCAGGUGGCAGCACUGCCCAGCAGUGCCUCCCCGUGCCAGGGCACCCAGGGUUGUGCUCCACACGGCAGAUCCCUUCAUGAUCCAGACACAGAUGGAGCAAGCUGGAGUGCAGGGUGCCAGUGUUCUGUCCUGGCUCUGCCAGCUGCUGCCCAGGGCUUGGACACGUGGGAGCACCUUGAGCCCCAUUUUCACCCAGGAGAGAGCCACAGUGCUGAGAAACCUUGGGUUCCUGCUGGGGUCAUUUCAGCAGGUCAGGGACAAGCUUGGUGCUUGUAUUUAGCAGCAUGCUUUUUUAAUGUACUUGAAACAAGUCUGUUCAUCCUGUUUCCUUCCUAUCUUUUUUUCAAAAAUAAAGAUAUUUCUCACCA